AUGGUACCAAAAUUGUCGUUUAACAUUAAAUUCUUUAUAGCUGCAAUAUGCAUGCUCGAUCGGGAAACCUGUGUUGCAAGGCUGCGUAUACUGGGAGGCAGGGAUGCCCUCAAAAAUGAAUUCCCUUUUGCUGUACGCUUGGAGCUGCAGUUCGUGACAAAAGUCUGGGGGAUAACACAAGUCAAGUAUCACCCUUUCUGCACUGGAGCCGCACUCACUCCAUCUUGGAUACUAACUGCGGCACAUUGUGACGAUGAAAAUGUUUUAAAACUGCUUUUUCAUAAGUUGAUCACAGCGAAACCUAGGAAGUUUGCAAGAUAUAAUAGCUAUUUUCCAAAUGAAUUCGGCCAGUUAAGUCCGAUCACCAAAGUUUUACUUUAUCCAGGUUACUGUAUACUCCAUUCUGGUACCAUUCGCACGGGAAAAUAUGACUUAGCGAUGUAUAAGACUGAAAAUUUAAUAGUCAGUCAGUAUGGAAAGAUAAGUGCAAUUGACUACGGGGCUUUGUUAGGACACGAAGCAAUUUUGCUGGGUUUUGGGGGGACUAAUGCUACUCCAUGGGAGAAACCCUUGCAAGUUUUAAAGACAAUCUUUAUUAAAUGUGGCGAAAGAGAGGGGCAUCAGUUUGGCAUGCUAUGUGUGGUACCAACCUGCGGGCUGGAGGCGACGGGUUGCGGAGGAGAUUCAGGGGGUCCUGUUGUCCAUGCUUCGGGAAUUGUGGGGACUAUACAUGGUGGCGGUGGAUAUUGUAACGAGUUUAGCCACAAAAUUAUUCCAGGACGUGCUGCUGGCAUUAUUUCUAUGGUCAGUCCCGUUGUUGAUUGGAUAUCGAACAUUGUGAACAAUAAAACUAAUGAAAGAUAA